CUUUAAAGCGUAACAUCUUAACCAUGCCUGCCGAAUCGAUGCUCUUUCACCCCAACGGACUUUGAACCAGUCGAUCUCCAGCUCUAGGCAAUCCAAUGCUAAUGCUCGCCUGGUGGCAUAUCUACCAAGUUGAAGAAUAUCGGGAGAUCCUCCAGUAUUUGACUUACAUGGAACGACUCGGAGGUGAUCCGCUACCUGACUUGUCGUGCCGUCGUGUGAAUGUUGAGACAUGGCACCCUCAAAUCAGUCAAAUGACCACUCGAUUUUAUCCGGACGAGAUCCUGGCCAUCCACCACUGGGGUGGUUUCCCAGAAACCAUCAUUCUGCCUAAUCGUGCUCGAGAAGAUGGUCGAACAGCUCUAGCCAUAUACAUGGCUCGUUUGGCGACGCCGUCUUGUUAUUUUGAUCUGUCACAAACCUUUGGACGCGAACUUUCAAUCAUUGGUCGGAUCUGUCGAGCCGUCCAAAGUUGGAUAUAUGAGAACUGGGGUUCUCUGUUACAAUGGGAUCCCCGCCGGUAUCCUCCCAACGUGCUCGAAGGAUUUGCCACAAGUUUGGUGCAGGAACGCAAUUGCCCAAUGGACAAUUGCGUGGGAUUCUUAGAUGGAACCGUGUGGCGCAUGGCUCGUCCAAAGUACAAUCAGCGGGCAUUUUAUAAUGGCCACAAGCGUGUCCACAGCCUGAAAUACCAGGCUGCGGUCACCCCUGACGGUAUAACGGCCAAUCUAACGGAGGCCUACAUAGGGUCUCGACAUGACACAGCAAUCUUGAGGAUGUCGGGGCUGAGUGAGGUAUUGGAACGCAAUGCUAAAGGUUUCGAUGGGCGUCAAAUGAUGCUCUACGGGGAUCAAGGGUAUCAAAACUCCGCGGUUCUUCUGACGCCGUAUGUAGGCCUGAAUCUCGGUCCAGAACAAGCAGCCUUUAAUUGGAUCAUGGCCAGCGUGCGGGUGGCUGUCGAACAUGAGCUUGGACGUCUAAGAAAUAUAAUUCGAAUGACUCAGUACAAGGGCAAUCUAAGGUUCUAUGUCAAUGAACUGAACCAGUUUUAUCACUGUGCAGUGAUUAUGAAAAACUUCUUGGUAUGUUGUGGUCGGGGUCCCUUGGGUGGGGUAGCCCCUCCUCCGACGUUGGACGUGUAUCUGGCGGGGAGAAGGAUGCCUAAUGAUUUGGUCCCAAGAGAUCGAGCUCAUGAGGUUAUCGAAGAUCCCAAUGAGCAGGUUGAUGAGGCUUAACCCUAUUGAUUAAUCUAUGAAACUCUCUGAUGUACUCGUCAAAAUUUCACGAAAUCUGCCUAUCACACAUAGUAGGCUGAAUUCGUAUAUAAAAUAAGUUUGUUUGAAAAUUGAGAAAUGCAAUUAUUGUUAUGUGUU